AUGGCCAACAUAUCGGUUCCUACCUUAGGUUAUUAUAAAGUGCGGGGUAUGACUCAACCCAUACGCUUUUUGUUGAAGUAUGCGGGCGUAGAAUUCACCGACAAAUACUACGGCACGGGUGACGCCAAAAGUCUGGAUGAAUUUAGAGCUGAAUGGUAUAAAGUGAAAUUCACCCUGGGCCUCGACUUUCCCAACGUUCCCUACUAUAUGGAUGGUGCUGUGAAACUGACCCAAAGCAAUGCCAUUAUGCGACACUUGGCCGGAAAGCACGGACUGGUGGCCACCGACGAGACCGGACUCGUACGCCAGGAUGUGGUGGAGCAACAGUUGGUGGACAUUAUGUGGGGCUUUGCGUUCAACUUUUCACCCGCGUUCAAUUAUUCAUUUGGUGCGGACUAUGAGACUGAAAAAGUUAAAUAUUUGGCCGAAACACUGCCCCAACAGUUGGACGCGUUGUCCCGGUUUUUGGGUACCCGUCAGUGGUUUACCGGUAAUCACAUUAAUUAUGUAGACUUCUUGGCGUACGAACGUAUGGAUUGGUUGCGACUGUUUAGCCCUGGUACUUUUAAUAAAUACAAGAUGUUGGUUGAAUUUAUGGACCGUUUUGAAAGUUUGCCGGCGAUUAAGGCAUACAUGAAAUCACCGGAGUUUAUAAGUUGGCCACUGUUUGGACCGGGCGCUCCUUGGGGUUACACAAAGUCAAAUUUAUAA